GUACCUGCGGCGAAGGAGGACUGCUCUGGGUAUGACUGGUGCUCUACUAUUUCUGGCCCUGGUGGUGCUGGUGGUCGGGCUGAUCUCUGCCACACGGACAGACAACGUGCCCGUCGCGGGAUACUACUCUGGCAUCACGCUGAGUUUUGGAGCGUUUCUGGGUAUUGUUGGCAUCCAUCUGUUGGAAAACCGCAGACCCAUGCUCGUGGCAGCCAUCAUAUUCAUCAGUAUGGGAGUCAUCGCGUCGUUCUUCUGUGCCAUUGUGGAUGGGAUCAUCGCCUCAGAGUUCAUAGAUACACGACUUGUGCAAGAGAGCAUGUGUGACUAUUUUGCCAGUGGGUCUGGCUACAUGUAUGACAGCUACUACACUGAGGUGACGUGUCGUUCCUUUAACAAAGCGUGUAAGCUGAAAGUGAGAAGCAACACCUGCUACUGCUGCUACCUUUACAACUGUGAGAGUUCGGAGUACCACCCCCAGUACUACGAGUUCACCGGGGUCAGCAGCUGUUGGGAUGUGAUCCACUUGCAUCGUCUGCUGUGGUCUUCAGUGGUGCUGAACGUGUUGGCCUUGUUCCUGGGCAUAAUCACUGCCGCCAUCCUCGGAGCGUACAAGGACAUGCAGAAACCCGUUCCUCAGGUGUCUUCAAGUCCAGUACCUCAACCCCACAUUUUGUACAACCCGACCCAGCACAUGCUGAGCUAUGCCGGCUUUUUACCUUCAGGACAGACUCUACCCGCCUACCCCAAUUACCCAAUGCACAUGCAGCACAACAGUAACUAUCAGACACCCGCUACGCCCCAGCUGGUCCCUGAGGGAGGUCCUGCCUCCACCUCCUGCCCAUCUGAGGAGAGCCAGAGUCAGCUGCCCUGUCAGGCUCCCAACCAGCCGCAGUCACAGGGAAGCUCCCAGGAGCCAGGAGGCUACAUGCUUACGCCCAACGCUCCUGUCCUCUACGGGCCCUCCUACAGCGCCUUUGAGAAACCCCCACCGUACGCCUGCUGAGCUCACAGCCAAACACAUGCAGCAGGCUAGUGAAGGGCCACACAAUCCUUUCCUGAUCUGGUCAGUGAAUGUAGCACAAGACGCAGAGGAGAAAACGCUCAGUAAACUUAAAAGAAAAAAACGACUCUGAUUGCACUGAGGACGACACAGGACGUGUCCAAGAGCUGCCGCUACUCACUACCUAGAGCACAACAU